AUGGCCGAUAGAGAUCUGGACUCCAAUGAAAUAAUACAAAUUGCAAAGCAAAAAGUUAGUGGGGUGCAGAAACUACUCCAGCACGAAGGAAAUAAUGGUUGGAGUGGUAGUAAAUCUCAUGACAGCGGCUCUCUGUUGGCCAAACAGGUUCAGGACACUUUUAGAUGGCUUUAUGCCAAUGCAUUGUAUGGUGCCUCCUUUGAUUUAAUUAAGUUGCUUCCUGCACCAUGCUAUUCUUGGUUCGAAUUUAUAGACUUUCCGAACCUCGUACAUGUAACUGAUAAGUAUGGGUCUAGUGAUAACCUCCUGGAUCUUUUUAUGGCUUUUGCUGCCAACGAGACAGUGCCUCAGUUACUUUCGCUUUCUGUUCAUAAAGAUGAUUGCUUAAUUUCCUCGCUCCUUGGACUUUAUCAAUCUUCACCCGGCGACGCUUUGCGGGUUAUAGAUAGCAUAAUAGUUCAAUCCCAGAAUCAUAUUGGAAGUGAAAGUUUUAACUCUCUUUUCACCAAGAUUUGUGCGUACAAACUGAGGUUCUCACGUGAUAGUUCUUUCAAUGAUCAGCUCUCUAUCAAAUUGCUAACGAGUGUGGUACCGAAGAAUCAGUAUAGCUUUGAUUUGGUUAGGCAGAUAUAUGAAACCAAUGCUUCUUCCAAAAAUAUGAACGAACUCGUUCUAAUUAUGAAAAGUCUAGUGGAUGAUAAAACUGUUGACCAUUCCACCAAGCAGUCAAUGAUAUUUGCUGCAUUCAAGCAUGGUAGCAAGUAUUUGCUAAAGAGCCUCUGUUUGUGGACUUUACUAUUUCCGGAUGUUGAGCUCAAUUACGACGCUACUUCGGAGGAGAUGCUUAUUUUGAAGAACAGAUGGAUGUUUCAUAAAGAGGUGGAUUUGGAUUCAGUCGCUGAGAUAGAUAAUAGCUGUCUGUCCCGGUUGGUCAGUGUGUUGAUAUAUGGUCAUACGCGCUGGGGACGGAGAGGUUAUGUCUCUGAGCUCUACAGUUAUAAGAAGAUGCAUCACUUACAGAUCACUAGGGCCGAUCAAGUUGGUGUUCUAAGGUCAUUAGUUCAUAUCGGAAAGUAUGAUGAGGCCCUACAAUUCACCAAUAUCUGUUCCAAACAAGACGACCAGUUCGUUUGUUCGGAAACCUAUGACUCGAUUUUCUUAUCGCUCGCAAAGGCUGGACGUUGGAACGAUUUGAAAGAUAAAUUUGACUAUCUUUUUGAUAAGGAGCAGAUCACCACCAUUAAGCAGUACUCUGUCAUGUUUAUGGUCCUUGCAUCAAGGGGUGCUACUAAAUAUCUGCUAGAUCUUUGGGAUUCCUUUCUUAAAAGAGGAUUUACACCUGAUGAUAUGAUUCUUUCUUCCAUUAUAUUUUGCUUUAUUAAGACAAAGUCUUAUACCAAGGCUCUUCAAUGGUUUUCUGCAUAUUCCUACUAUAAGGUGCCGCUAACUGCCAAAUCUUACGGGUUAAUGUUGAAUGCUCUAUCUAGCACUCACGAUUUUCGUUCAUGUUUUCGGAUGUUGGAUGAGUUGGUUGAGAAGCACUACAGUUUGAACUCUUUUCAAAUGCAACCUUUCCUACGUCAAUGUGCUUUUUUGGGAGAUCACAGAAGCAUCGAACUCAUUCUUUCUAACUAUUUUCCUCUCUUAGGUAUUUCUGUUGAGUCUAAGGAUUCUCGAUGGAUUCUGAAAGCGCAUUAUUUCGGUAACAGAUUUGGUACUGUGGUUGAAUCCUAUGAGCAAAAGUUGGAAUCUGGUGACUACAUAGACUAUCAGGAUACCCUUUUGGCCUUGGAAGCAGCAAGUAAGUACACCAAUGUUUCUAAGUUCUACGAACUAUGGGAGAAAGCCUUGAAAAUGCACACUAAUGAGAUGACUGUUGGUGCCUACAUCCUGUAUAUCGGUGUCAAUGUUAGAGUCCAUGGAUUAUAUGGAGUGGAACAGGUUUUGGAUGAAGUGCAGCAGAAGUUUAAACUAAAGUAUCUUCCUGCCAAGGUCUUCAAUGAGAUGAUAUUCUCUUCCAUUAGAAUGGGUCGGCCAUGGUACUCACCCACAAUUGUGAAAAUGGCUCUUACACGAGGUGUGGUGCCCACUUCAAAGACCUAUUCUUUGCUAUUGCAAUCUAACACAUCUCUUUACUCUUAUUCUGAGCAGCAUAUUGAAGAGACAAUUCAGCUACUCGAUGAGAUUCUAUUGAACCGUAAGAAGGAUAAGUUGGGCAAAUUGGACAGAGACCUCAAUCCGAUGUCAUUCAAAUUGGUUAUCAUGCAUAUUAUCAAGUUUAAGGGUGUUGAAGAGGCCCGAAAAUAUUUUGAGCUCUACGUGGAAGAUUCAAAGGAUUAUUUGCUUGACAAUCUCCAUGUUUUGCAUAUUGAGUUGUUGUUAUUGGGUGAGGAGAGUAGGUGGGAAGAAUUUUCGGGCUGUUAUGAUAGGUUUACCUCGAUCCUAAAAUCUAGGUUGCAAUAUGCUAGACUGAAAGGUAAUGAGGAUCUCUACGAUGAUUCCGACCAUAAGAGAGUGGAACAAUUUUAUCGGUAUCCGACCAGUAUUUCCGUUAACGAGAAUCGUAUUAGCUACAGUCGAUCGCCUUCUGUGGGUAUCCCUUCCUCCUUGAAAAAGGCACUCUUUACGAUCUGGCCAUAUAGACUUAGACAGUUGGCAGAGUUGGAACAGUUGGAUGAGAUGACGUCGAUUGUGGAUCGUCUUUACGAGAAUGGAUUCAUUCUUUCCAACAAGAACCUCAACGAAACGGCGCUUGUCUUGAGUAGCCAUAAUAAUUUGAUUCCAGAGACUGUGGCAUUCAUCAAUAAGUACAUUCUUCCUGGUCACAUGCUCCACAAAAGACUCGCUUUAAUCAAAAUGAAGUACAAAUCUGAGUACAUUCCAUUUGUUCAUGAGCCCGAGAUUAGGUUCAUCAACAGCAUAUACUUUCAGAUCAUGAAGAAUAUCGACAGCAUAUUAGAUUCAAGAUUGACCCCGCCUCAGAAAGAUGCGUUGCUUGAUUCGAUUAUCAUUUCGGAUACCAUGACUGUGAUGAAGAAUUUGAGAAGCAUCUCGCGUUCCCAAAGAUUUGUUGCCAGAGUGUUUGCUCAAACCAGAAAGCAAGCGAGAAGUUUUUACAGGAGGAAUCAUGCUAACGUCAAGAUGAGACGUCAGCAGGAAGAGAAGAUAGUUAGAUGUGAGAAGAUUGACAAGAUGAUUAAUUACAGACAGAGAUGGCUUGCAUUGAGACAAAGGAAGUGGGAUCUAAUGACUGAGAUGAACAAGACAGCUGAUGAAUCCGAGAGGUAUCAGUUGUUAAACGAGAUGAGUAAAGUGAAGACCGGUUUUGAAGAGUUGAGAGCCGAUCAAAAGAAUGCUUUGGAGACUUUGAAGCGGGAAAAACUCAAAAUUGUGACUCUUGAGGACUCUAAGGUCUUCAAAGUUGGCCGAAUCAACCUUUAUAAACUUCAUUCCAAAGUUGCCUUGGAUGUUUCUUCACUUAUAGAAGAGUCCAAAACACGAGAUGAUUAG